AUGAGUAAGAAAGCUAAAGCGAAUGAAGUGCACAAGGUCGGACAAUUGACACUGGAGAAUCCAAACUUCGACAACGGUUACUUCGGACCAUGGCGUGUCUGCAAGAAACUGCUCUACAACAGGGAGAAAUGUGGCACCGACGUGUCCAAGUUCCGGCCGACAACGGCCGUGUACCUAGCGGGUGUGGUGGGCGCGAUAGGUGUGACAGUGUUGGGUGUGUUCUGUGUGCUGUCCGUGCUCCAGCUCGCCAUGAUCUCAUCCAAGGAGAAGGUCGCCUUCAAGUACACGCACCUUGUUAUGACCAAACUGGCGCUUGCGUUAUUAGCGACGUUAUUGUCAAUAGCAGCAGCCGGUCUAUUUGCAGUCCAAGGCGAUGACAGAGGUUUCUACAUCUAUAGAGGAGAAGCUUUCUAUGUACAGAUAGUAUGCAUCGUUAUAAAUUCGAUAUUGUUCAUAAUGUCGGUAUACGACACGUUAUUUUCGCGGAGAGAUGGUGGCGAUCCCACAAACCCAAUUGGUGAAGCUAAUGCCACUACCAUUAAUAAUCCAGGGUUUAAGGAAGGAAGAGGCAUAUCAAUGACAGACGCGUCAGGCAAACCGUACACCACAAACGGUCACGGUAGCGUAGCCUCCAUGAAUACCACGGCCACCACCUUAACUGGCCUCUCAGACGCCAGUACAAUAACUAGGUCGCCUCUGAGGUCCUCUUUGAAGAAACCCAGACCCAGGGAAGGAGAACCGGGCGGGAUGGGUAUCCAAAACCCAGGGUAUUCGGGGAAUUCCCCACCUCUCAACCGUAAUGGCAGCCAGAAGAAAGUCAGAAUACAGACGCACAGUACUGAGGUGUAA